GGGAUCCUCUUGGUAGGCAACCAGAUCCUAAAGGGCAUGAGUAUGAUCCUGCUUCAGAACUUGAGCGUUCUGGUGUACAUCAACGGGAAAAUCAAAGGGACGCACCCUGUGGCUCAGCAGGAGAAGGGCCUCAAGGAGGUUCUUUUCGAGCUUCAGUCAAAGAGCAAAGACGUGGAGAUUGUGAGGCCUGGGAUUGCAGAGCUUCCAAGGCUGGCCGAGCUGUCCGAGAACUCGGCAAUUGAUGUGGGAGACUGGUUGCAUGGGCUCCAAAACCACAUGGGCGACUUGUCGAAUGGCAGUGGUGACUGGUGGAAGGAGGUGAUGCUUUCCCUGGCUGCCUACUACGAUGCGUAUACUCGGGCCUCUCAUGUUGGGAAGCUGGCGCUUAGACCUGAAGAUUACGAGACUCCUGAGCUCAAGGAUCCCAAAUGGUCUCGAGUUGACAAACGGGCAGCGUCCAUGCUCCUUGCCAGUGUUCCUGAAGGGGUUCGAGAUGAAAUCCUGGCCUCCAGACUGAAUGGCUCGUUGGCUUUGCUUUCGCGAGUGGUGGUGCUUUUCCGGCCAGGGUCUGUGGUGGAGAGGCAGCAGAUUCUUGCGUCCCUCGAGAAUCCUCCACAGGCCAACAAUGCCACUGAGGCGGUCAACUCGCUAAGGCCAACGGAGAAAGGUGUGAAGGACCUUCACCAAGCCCUGGUCUCUGAGUUUGAGCAGAUUGCCUAUCGAGGAUCCACCGCUAGCAGUUCCAAGGUUCCGUUUGUGAAGGCUGUGACUACAACUCCGGGACCACCUCCAGCUAAGGCUUCGUCAGAUGGUGGAUCUCCUCCCUCGCCAGCAAAGGCCAAGGGAAAGGCGUCGUGCAAGUACUUUCUUUCAGAUCAAGGCUGCUCAAAAGGCAAGGCGUGUACUUGGUCCCAUGCGUUUACUCGGAAGGAGAAGCAGGGCAGGUGCUGGUCGUGUGGAAGUCCUCAGCAUCAACAAGGGACAUGUCCAGUGCGAGGUGAAGGGAGUCCCGCAGGGAAGGCCAAGGCCAAUGUUCCAAAGGCUCCUCCAAUGGCAGCGGUAGCUAUGACAGCAGGCUCUGGAACUGCCAACUUUGAGGGCCUUGCGGCUCUCCCGAUGGCUAGUUCUCCGGUUCCUCCAGGUCUUGCGGCCGUUGCGACAACCUCCGGUACUACAAGUUCAGCACCAGCCAUGAAAAUGCCAGAGACUGAAGUUAAGCGGCUUCUUAAGGAGGCGAACGCCAUGUUGAAGGAGAUGAGGUACUGGUCGUACUGGAGUUUGUUGGACUCUGGAGCUUCGCACCCCUUUCGCGUGGCCACCGAGGAGGAGAUUGAGAAGGCUACGAAAGUCAAGGUGCAGUUGGCGGAUGGAGCGGAGGUGGUGUUGGCGCAGAACAAGGCUGGCACUUUGUUGGCAAGGCCUUCAAGAGAAGGGGAUGCUGCUACUCCGAUUGUGCCUUUGGGCUCUCUUGUCCAAGAUCUUGGGUGUGAUGUUUCUUGGUCUCGGCGUCGUGGACUGGAAAUCAGACACCCUGAGCAUGGGGUGAUUCGCCCCAAAGUUGUGGGCCCAUGUCCAGUUGUGGGAGAAGCCUGUGCACUUGACUUGAUUAAGGAGUUGGAGGACUUGAAGCUUUCAGCUCUUCAGACUUCGACGGCCUCUAUGGCAAGGGCAAUUUGGACUUGGGAUCAAGAAGAGGCUUGGUCCCAGCACUUGGACACCUUCCUGUUGACUGGGUCGCGGGCUGCUCAGCUUCAGGCUUUGUCGGCAGAAGAUUCGCCCUUUCGGAGUAUCAGCCAAGCAGACAAGGCGUGCCUAGCGGAAGGUGUGGAUUUGUCUUCACGUGCUGGCUGGGACUACUUGAAGGCCUUCCCGGGAGUGGAUCCUGUGCUAAGGGACUUGGAGGACAAUUCCGUUCUUCUGGAGAUUGACAUCACGAGGUCUUUGUCCUACGACCUGCAUAAGAUGAGUGGUGUGUACCGUGGCCUUUUAUGGGGAGCGGCGACAGGUCGGAUUGCUGGCCUUGUGGGAUCGCCUCCGUGUCGAGGGGAACGUGAUGUUCAGCUCGUUCUUAAGCAGAUGUGGCUCACCACGGUUGCCAAGGCCGCUAGAAGAUGGACGAUGUUGGGAUCCUCUUCGGGGAAUGUGGCCGGCUUUUUUGUGGAGCAGAUGUGCUUAGAAGAGGUUGGAGAAGUUAUGGCAACAAACCUUGACUUUGUCCUCCCCUUGGAGAUCACCACUGGAAAGAACGCUGCGUGGACGCAUGGCUUCAAGUUGGCAGUUUUUGAGGCGAUCAAGCGAUGGAAAGCGGAGCCGGAAGCUCUUCAAGUUGCCAAAUGGGCCAAAAAGAUUGAUGUUAAGGGCUUCCUUGAGUCGUUCAGUGACAAGGAUUUGAAGAUGUGGCGGGCUCAUGUCCGCAACAACCAUCGCCCCUACAACACAGGAACUGCAAGACAUGCUGCUGGCUCACCAAAGAAGGGCAAGGGCAAGGGCGCUUUACUGGUUGAUGAAGGGCCCCAUGCUGGGGCAGCUGAACGUGACGAAGGUGAUCUGUUUGAGGAGGAGCCUGAGGAUGAGUUUCCGGACUUUGAGGAGUCAGACCUGAGAGGCCUUUCCCAGGAGGAGUUCGAGAAGAUCUUCCGUGAAGUUGGAGAUGGUCUCGAGUUUGACACCUUUUAUGUAUCUCGUCCGCUGAGAUCUAGAACUUCGUCGGAGGUGUACUCAGCUGUGCAGGAGUUGUUUUUGACAUUGAAGGCGGAGGGCUUGCCCAUAGCUAGAGUUCAUGCUGAUCGAGCACGUGAACUGCGCACGGUACCGCUGAGGAGAUGGCUACUUGAGAGAGGAGCGUUGUGCACAUAUACCGAGGGUCAAGCUCCUCAGGCAAACGGCAGAGCUGAAAGUGCCGUCAAGUGGGUCAAGGCGCAGGCGCGCAAGCUCCUGACUGCUUCGGCGCUUCCAAGAUCGUGCUGGGCUAUGGCGGCUGUUUAUGCCACAUGGGCCAGGAGAGAAACCCAGCUUGGACGGGGACAAGAAGUCCUUCCUUUCGGAACCCCUGUGCAUGUCCGCUCAAAAGUCUAUGGAGCUGGCGGACGCUAUGACUUGAACUUGAGAUGGAGAUAUGGGCGUUAUGUGGGGCCCAGUUUGGAUGUUCGUGGAGGGCAUGUGGUUUUGUUUGAGGAUGGCUCCUUUCUCACUUCAGCGCAUUUGAGGCCUCACCUUGUGGACUCUGACAAGAUCGUUGACCUUGGCAAGUAUGAAGCUCUUGUCAUGACACCAGCGCGGCGACUUCGAAGUAAGAUGUCUCUGGAAGAGCGUGUGGAGUUUGAUCCCUUGGAUGCGGACGUUGGCGACCAUGAUCCCGAACGACUUCUUGUCACAGUCCCGUCCGGCGUGUCCACAUCCAAACCACCCUCCUUAAAGGCCGAAAGCGGAGCAAUCAUACUCUUCCCAACGUUGUGA